AUGCAGCCGAGCCCUAGGGGUAAGACGACCGGCGUCUACGGGGCGGAACGGAUUCCCGGUAAUUAUGUCAAAACCCUGACCGGCGUUGUGCGGGGCGAGGAACUUUUCUGCCGCCCUGACUUGGAGCGGCCAUGGCGAUCAGCAGACAAGCAGGGCAGCGCUGCCACGAUUGCGCUGAAGGAAAAGGAGAUUGAGGAGCUGAUGCGGCUGUGCUCUAACUUGCGAACGGAGCUGAGCAACACGAAAAGCGACUCUCUCUUCCUGGAGUACUCGCUGACGGAGAGAACCAAGUUGCAGCUGGCGGAAAAGCAAAAUGAGGUGGAUGCGCUGCAGCGGCGCGUGGAGGUGCUUGAGAAGGAGAAGAAGGAGGCUGCGGCAGCCACCGAGAGCCAAAUUCGUCUUCUACGCUCGCAGGCGGAGAACGAGUCCAUUGGUUUCAAGAACGAAGCACGUGUCGCCAUCGAGCGAUGCGCGGAGCUGGUGAAAACCUUCCAAAAACAGCUCGAGGACGUCAAGGCAGCUGGUGUGCGUGAGGUGGAGUUUCUGGAGGCCCGCUUUGCAGCAAAGGUCAAUGAGGUAACCACGGAGCUCAAGUCGGUACGUGAGUCGAAAAAAGCCUUGGAGGAACACUACCGUGCGGUGGAGGCGCAGUCGUCGAACAUGGUGCAUCGCGUCGAGGCAGAUUACAAGGAGAGACUGCGGUCCUUGGAGCAGCGGAUCGAGGAGCAGCGGCUGGAGUACGAGGCCCAGCUCGCCAAGGAGCGAAAAGAAAAGGAGGCGGUGGUUGGUGAGUCGAAGCGAACGACCGAAAAAGUCGCCGUGUUGAUCGCUGACAAGGAGGAGUUUCUUCAGAAGCAGAAACUGUGGAACAGCUAUAUUCUCUCCCACUUGGAUACCUUCUACCAUAGCUUCAUCGCCGUCGCCCCUGAGCUGGCGGUGGAUCCGACUGGGGUGCAGCUGCAACAGGUGCCAGAGCUCUACGCACCACGCUGCGUUCUCGAAGAUCCAGAGUCCAAGGUGAACGUUGAACGCAUAGCGUAUCGUGUUGCGCAGCUGAAGCUGUUGAAGGCGUUACAGCCACUAGGAGAAGCAGCGGCUCGCCGCGGCGCUAAGCCCCCUAGUGCAGCUCAGCUUGACCAAGUCGUGGAAAGUCAGGAGCGUCUGUGGCGUGCGCUGCGCGAGCUCGAGGAUCAGCAAAGUGAGCUGGAGGCGACGGUCCGCAACUUCACCUCGCGCCUAUACUUCUUCAGCGACAAUCUGGAAGAGUCUCUGCGCUGCGGCCCCAGGCCCGUUCCACCGCCACUGCGCGAUGUUGUCUUUCUGUGUCUGGGCGUUCCGAACGGGCGGGUACUGUGGGCCGCGAACACGGAGCUGAUGCGGACGUCAGUGCAGCUGCUGUACAGCACCCUGCGGCUGAAGAUGGGCGAGUACGGCGCCUACGAAUGCUAUAGCGACGAUGUGUCGAUGCUACUCGCGUUCGCUGAUGCGACAGCGGCGUGCCGCUUCUGCACCGAGAGCCAGGAGUGGCUUAUGAGACUUCCCUGGCCAGCUGCCCUUCUGAAGCUGCCGGAGGCACAGGAAGAGCGGGCUGAAGGCGGGCGGUUGGUGUAUCGAGGGCUGCGAGUCUCCAUGGCGCUUCACGCGGGUGAGGCCUACGUGGAACCGUCCGGCAUCCCGCUGAACGGGGUGUACCGUAACCACUACUACGGCAAGGCGGUCUCUCAACUGGUUCACCUUUGCUCUCUCACGCAAGGUGGUCAGAUCAUUGUGUCCAUCGCGGCAUGGAACCUGUGCAUGCGGCGGCAGCACGAACUCGGCGCUGUGGUGGCCAAGAGCCUUGGCACACUCCCCAUUGUCUCCUUCAACAGCCAGUCAGGUGUUCAGGAGAAGCAGAGCAUUGAGCUGCUGCAGAUUCUUCCGAUAGAGCUCGAAGGCCGAACGUUCACGCCUCCGGGCAAGGCAGUCGUCCCCCCGGUCUCCUCGCUUACUGGGGUGAAGGAGUCCGUCCUAGCAGCCGAGGUGGCGGCCGUGGAGGCGCAACGCGAGCGGGUACACGAUGCACUCGCCAUUCUGCAGGAAGAGUGCAACAGCAUUCAGAGCAGCAUGGGCACUCUUGUCGCACGCUCUCGAGCGGCUCUACCGCACUUUCACCUCCUGCCGCCGUCGGAAAUGGUCGCACAGCUGAACGAUUUGUACAGCGUCAUGGAGAGGGUGGCCGUGCGGGCUGAGGAGCUCUAUACCGACUUGCAGGAUGUUGCACACGCACAGGAAGAGCUGGGUGCGCAGGCACAAAGUAUCAAGGACUACUUCCAGCAGCAGGAAGCAUCUGCCGCCCGUGAGGAUGACCUUCGCACGAAAACGGAGGUAGUACGGCGAAGCAUGAAUCAUACGCUCCAGCUUGAGAAAGACCGGCGCCGUGCUGAGACGGAGAGGCUUCAGCUCGCACUUCAAGAUCGAGACCAGUUGAUCCGUAAACUGCAUCAGGAGUCCCAGUCGAGCUAG